UCACUUCUUUCACUCUUUUGGUACCUUAUCAAAUGAUAGCAUUAACUCCAUCCCCAUAAAUGCCCCUUCUUCUUCUUCUUCAAAAUUCUAAAUUAAUGAAACAAAAAAUACUCUACAAAAUGAUAAAAAUAUUUAUUGUUCAAGACGGCACAACAAUUCAUGUGAAUAUAUCAAACGUGAAGGAUCAUGUGACAUCCAUCAAAGUUCCCUCUUAUUCAUCAUUUAAAGCUGUUUCUCAAAGUAGUGUAUAUAUAAAGGCAUUGAGAGAGAUGAGAGACACAAAGGAAAAUAAGAUGACGAAGAAUAACUGCAUCAGUUUAAAAAGCAUGUUUCUCACAGUCUUUUUCUUGUUGUUCUUAGUCAUUAAUGUGGAAAGUCUACGACUGAAUCCUGCUUCAAUGGUCCUGAAAGACAAGAACCAUAAAUCAGAGAGUGACAGAGAUCAGGACGCUGUGAAGGAGAUACAUACGACGGGGUCGAGCUUGCCAGAUUGUUCUCAUGCCUGUGGACCAUGUUCUCCAUGCAAGAGAGUGAUGGUAAGCUUCAAGUGUUCAGUAGCAGAGUCAUGUGCCAUAAUCUACAGGUGCAUGUGUAGGGGAAGGUACUAUCAGGUACCUUCGUAAGUGUUCUCUUAAUUUGAGUUUCAACCACAACAAACAUGAUUAAUUGUAAUUGUUGGUUUGUAUUUCUCAUUCAUGUCGACGCCUUAAAAUGAAACCAAAAGAUUCGUAUUGGAGGAAUGAGAAGUGGUUGAACUUAA